CUCUCGUGCCCUCGUGCCAGGCUCUCCUUCAGCGGCUCUCUCCUUCGUUAAAACCCGCACUCUCCGCCGUUCGUGUUCGUGCGUGGGUGCGUGUGCGGUAGAGUGCGUGUGCGUGCGUCCAUACCUGAGAGUUCGCAAGACUACCGAAGCGCCAGUCACGUGUGUGGAGCUCGUGUGUGUGUGUGUUUGUGCGUUAUCUGGAGAGGACCUGAGGUAUUGUCUCCAGCAUCUUCAGGAGGACUCAAACAACCCGAAGGAGAGUGUGAGAGUCCCCUAAAAGCCACAGUGUACCCCGGGAUGUAGCACCUGAGCAUCCUUAACCCCCGUGGCUCCGUCUAUGAGCAGGAUGGAGGGCAUGGUGAGCUGAUAGUGGUGACAAUUCCGUGGUGAUCAUAACGCUGACGGAGUGGUGGCGACCGUGGUUAUGCGGCUGUCCGGGGGCAUCACCACCCCGCCCCGCAGCACCCCGGAGCCUGUAGGAGCGGGGGGCGGCACUGGGGGGCGGGCGGUGUCCAUACUCUCCCGCCUCACCAUCAGCAGGGCGGGCAGUAGGCGCUCCAGCAGUAGACGCACCAGCAGGAACAAUGCGUGCAGCUCCCCGAACCGUCACGGCCACCACCUCACGGCCCCGCACGAGAAGGAUGAAGGGGAGGGCGUGGGCGAGCAGGAGGGAGGGCUGGGUGUGAAGAACCUCCUGCAGUGGGCGGUGGGCGUGGUGCAGAAGAUCCGGCACCCGUGGCUUGACUCACCUCCCCUUACCUUCAAAGAAUUCCUCGAGAAGGCGAAAGAAGAGUUUGAGGAGAAAUGGAAGAGUCCUGCAAAGAACACGGCGUGCCUGGACGACUUCGAGCGUCUCAAGACCCUGGGCACGGGCUCCUUCGGGCGGGUCAUGCUCGUGCAGCACAAAGCCACCAAGGAGUACUACGCCAUGAAGAUACUCGACAAGCAGAAGGUGGUGAAGUUGAAGCAGGUGGAACACACACUCAACGAGAAACGAAUAUUGCAGGCCAUCACCUUCCCCUUCCUCGUCAGCCUAGAGUUCCAUUUCAAGGACAACAACAAUUUAUACAUGGUGCUUGAGUAUGUGCCGGGGGGGGAGAUGUUUUCCCACCUGCGGCGCCUGGGACGAUUUAGUGAACCACACUCACGGUUUUAUGCUGCCCAAAUCGUGUUAGCAUUUGAAUACCUCCACUACCUUGAUCUCAUAUACAGAGAUCUAAAGCCAGAGAACCUCCUAAUAGACAGCCAAGGAUACCUCAAGGUAACUGACUUCGGGUUCGCCAAGAGAGUCAAGGGACGGACGUGGACCCUAUGCGGAACACCUGAAUACCUCGCCCCGGAGAUCAUCCUCUCAAAGGGCUACAACAAGGCCGUGGACUGGUGGGCCCUGGGAGUGCUGGUCUAUGAAAUGGCUGCCGGCUACCCUCCAUUCUUCGCCGACCAGCCCAUCCAGAUAUACGAAAAAAUUGUAUCAGGAAAGGUGCGGUUCCCAGGCCACUUUUCGUCUGACCUGAAAGACCUCUUGAGGAAUCUGCUGCAGGUGGACCUCACCAAGCGGUACGGUAACUUGAAGAACGGCGUAAACGAUAUCAAGAAUCACAAGUGGUUUGCCUCGACAGACUGGAUCGCUGUCUAUCAGAGGAAGGUUGAGGCGCCAUUUAUUCCAAAAUGCAAAGGACCCGGGGACACAAGCAACUUCGACGACUACGAGGAGGAGGCCCUUCGCAUCUCCUCUACAGAAAAAUGUGCCAAGGAGUUUGCAGAGUUCUAGAGGCCUUUUGCAGUGUCUAGAGGCUAAGCUAACUCCCUGUGUAUGUGUACAAGUUUAGUACUCCCCUCCAAAGACCCCAGUGCAUGUGCAUUGCUGUAUACCUAAGGCUGUGUGCUCACCACCAUGUGUACCAUGCAGUCGGGCCUCAGGCAGGCAGUGGGCUAAGCAAAUGCAGCAGGUGCUCAGAGUUGGGAGAUGCUGUUGUGUACUUGGUGACUCACACACGAGCAGACAGUGCCAGAGCCCAGGCUGUGAUGGCGUGAGUGCCAAGGAUCAGGAUGGUGAUUAAUUGAAGGUGCCACUGAAGAUAGGCGUCUCUAAUGUUACUUGACGUCAACUUGGAGAAUGGAGUAAAUGAAGCCAUCUUUCUACUCUUGGCUGAGGAGAAACACCAGACAUUCUUAACAUCCACCUGUUAUUUUUUUUUGCAAGUUGAAAUAAAGUAACAUUAGAAGUGUAUUUAUCUGUAUGUAGAAAGUGCUGCCUCAGGAAAUGCCAGACUGAGUACGUCAAGCCAAGAUGGAGUGAUGAAACGGCUACGCUGCAGUGACGGGAGGAAAGUGCCAUUCGUAGCAAAUAAGGUGGCACGCUUGAUGAUGAGAAGUGCCACUGCUAGCCAGCCACUUGGGGUCCAGGAGCUAACCUAGUCAUGUGGUGAGUGGGGUUGACAAACAUAUUGGGAAGAAUGCCAUAACAAGGGAGACGCACGGACGGAGUGGAGGCAUGAACCAUGAAGAUGUGCCUAUCACUGUGGAGCGAAAGUUCUGUUGCAGUUGCUUGUGACGGUUAGGAAGGAUUUCUUUGUUUAACCGACGGGAAGUAUUACGAACACAGCGGCGACAGACAACAACAACAACGGCUACUCAAGGAAAAGGCUUCAGAAGAUCACAGAGAAGUAAGGAAGAAGAAGACGUGAUCCUCGGAACGCAGGAAAGACGAAGGAUUAGAGAGAAAUUAGUGAAAUCAAAACAUAUCCUUGAUCUUCAUUAAUGUUAAGACUGGUGGGCCCGAAGGAGCGUCCAGCAACAGUCCUCAGCACAGGCCAGCACUUCUAGCAGUCCCCCGAAGUCUCCCUAUUGGCCAUCAUUUUAAUCGACUUCAGCUUUGUUUACUAUGCAUGGUCGAUGCCCCAGAUGAACUAUGCCAAAAUGCAGCCAACUCUCAUCACACGUUGUAGAUUACAUAGUACACUUUAUGGGUUCACAGAGUUUUAUGAUUUAAUACAAGAAUGACAAAAGGAUAGAUUUCCCCAAGUUGCAUGUAUGUAGGUAUGUAUCAAAGUUAAUAACAAAAAAAAAAGUCCAUGUGUGCAAAGUUGUAGGAUACAUAUAUGUUGGAUUAGUGUUUCUAUGCGAUUCACAUUGAUGUGAUAAAUCAGAAUGAUGUGUGAUGGCUUCUUUUCAUCUAUUUUCAAAAUGAAGGCGAGAUAGACACUAUGUAUAAAUUAGACCUUAUGAACUAAUCCUUUGUUUUAGCCACCGCCGCUGGGAGGGUAGAGUCAGAAAUUACAAAUCUCUAAGAGCAAAUAUUUUUCUCCUCUUUUUGAAAUCUUGACUAUUAUAUAUUGUACGACUCUGUGAGUCUUAAAGCACAGUGUAAAAAUUUAUAAUACGAGUACUUUUUGAAUUUUUAGAUUAUUAUAUUAUUAUUAUUAUUAUUAUUAUAUCAUCAUAUUGUUAUUAACAUUAUAAUUCUUAUUAUUAUUCUAUUAUGAUAAUUAUUUAAGGCCUUGAGCUGAAGUAGAAACCCUCUGGAGUAGAGGAAUUUACACAAAUCUCCCUAGAAGCAUCUUUUUUGUGCAAUAUUUUAUAAUAAAAUUGAUGCCCUUCAUCAGUGUACUUCACAGUGUUACGAGAAUAUGCAGCUCCAAGGUUUAUUGUCUUUAUACAUAAUAAAUAAUGUAUAUACAAACGACAAACAUAGCGCCACCAUCCUGCUGACCUCAGCCACACGUGCUGGGGAAGAUCUGAUGAGAGUCGGGGUCGCCGGUCCCUGCGGCAAUAUUUAAUCACGCGUUCUGGACCGCCAGUCAUUAAGAGGUAGUGUCGGGUGUGCAGGCGGCUAUAGGGCAGUGCAAGAUAAGAGACUUUCUGUGGGGGUAGACUUAAUGUUGCGUACUGUUCAUAUUUCUCACAGUGUAUAUAAACUUUAUUUGAGGUUUCUGAAAUCGGAUGUAUGAUCGCUUAUUUUUUUUCUUAUUCUAUUUUUUUUUUAGUUGGUAAAGAUUCUGUAUAGUUCUAAUUGUUAGGGAUUUCCACCUCUACCAAGAUGGAUGGCUCUGUACUUUGAUUUGUGCAUGUGAUGGAAAUUUCUACUGCUCAAUGGUGGAGUAUUUUGAUGUGUUGAUGUUUUUCGGAAAAGAUUUUUUGCCUCUAUUUGUUCACUGAUUUUAUUGUGAAUAGUUUAAGUCUCCCGUGAAAUUAAGCCAAAAAAAAAAAUAAAGAAGAAAAGGAAAACAAAGAAUGGUAUUACAAGGGAAAUUCUUUGAUAUUUGUAAGUCUUUUUAGCCAAGGUUUCACACUCUUCUUUUUACGGCCCGCGCCUCUUGGCCACACCGGCGGGCGGGUCAGCUAGACACACUGUUUAGCUUUGUAUAGAAUUUUUUUAAUAAGCAGAAAAGUUAGCGGUUGGUUUCAGUAUUUUUAUUUAUUGUAAUAGGCUGCUUGUUUCGUAGGCAUUGGGAAAUAUGUAAUGUAUUUGAUGGUUGGAAUAUGUUUUAAAUUUAUUUGCUACUAAACUAACUGAUCUGUUGAAUUUGAGAGUAUUUUGUUUCAUUAAGCGUCGAUGAUGACCCGAACAUUAUGGGUGUUUUAUACAGUAAUACCUGGUGCUCUGUAUUACUCCUUAUGAGACUAUGAUUUGCGUAUCCCCGAAGAGAACAGCUUGACGGAGCCCUGCAGGAGCGCCAACGACAAACAUUAACUUGAGGGGGGGUGGGGGCGGCGGGGCCAUGUGUCCGGCAUUACUGACUGUUGCAUCCCCGCUAGACUAGAAAUAGUACCGUAAUAACAAACCUAUUAUUGCCACCUCUAAAUUUUCACGAUCCUCUGAGCUACUGUGGGUAAUAAUAAAUUGAGUCAUGUUUUCCAAUGUUAGAAUAGCAACUCUGUAGCCAAAUGUUGUUGCUAGUCCUUGGAUUUUCAUAUAUGAUCCCCCGAGAUAACUUGGGUAAUUUGGAAAUACUGUCAUGCCCUGGGGGGAGGGGCGAGCUUGUACCCGACGUUUCUAUGAUGUUUCCACGGCACAGACUCGCCCCUUUGCCCGCGGCGCGACGAUACUCUGUGUAUACUUGUAGAGCGAGGCGACAAGAAAGGUCACUGAAAACACCCUGAGCCAAAUAGAACGAAAAUACUAAGCUUAACAAAUAGACUCUUAAGGUCAGAAGUGAGGAAAGUGAAGCACAAAGUUAUAUCCUGAUGAUCCAGGCGGAGCACACGGACUCUGCUGAAGACCUUUUACUGUGCUGCUUAUUACCAUUAGGUGGACUACUGGAGGUCCCACUGUCCUGCUAAAGCUUGAGUGUCCGUCUGAUCCAGUCCGGGUCAGUCACUGCCAGUUCCAUGUGGUCCUGAGCCUCUCCAGGACCUCUCGUAUCAUACCCGUAUCAUACCAUAGCUCUACCUUCUUUUCCUGCUUUCUGUAUAAGGCGACUUUUUUUAUCUCUUCAAAAUUUCCCCUCAUUACUAGGUACGUCUCCGUUUCCAUAACUUAUUGCAGUAAUUUAUUUUGUUACGCUUCUCAGAUUUAAAUUUUAUAACUGGGUUAGUUACUGUAUGCAAUGAGAAGAUGAAUCUACCUAUUUCCUACCGAUAUAUCCUAGCUAAGACAGUUCAUAUAGCCAGUGUUAAGCCUUCAUCACGACCGGCAGCAGCGGACCCUGACCCUGAGCCACAGAGGGAGCGCUGCGGCAGCCUGACCCAUGCACUACAUACAUACAUUCCGCACACUGAGCCAGAACAACGCGGGCAUGUGAAUUUUCUUUUGUAUUAUCUUUCCUGUGGUCUUUUCCAUGAAUCACCAGUAGGUCAUUAAGUCAUUCAUAAUCUAACUUAAUUGAAGUUUGCAACAAUAUGAUGUGAACGGUUUGUAGAUAUUUUGAGACAUUUUAACCAAAUUGUGAUAGGCUGACUAAUUUUUGGGGCUUCUGAUUAAAUUAGUUUGUAAGAUAAAGAAUAACCUUUAUUAAUGUAAGUAACCACUUUUUGCCAUUAAAGUUGAAAAUAUUCAGUGUAAGAUUUGCAUUUGCCCAAAGAAGCCUCUCCACUGCCGCGAGGGGGGGGGGGGUGGAGCGUUGUGCGGUGGUCACUGUAAAAAGAGUAGAUUUGGGCAAAUAAAACAGUCUGAAGUGCGUUAGUGGGUUUCUUGAUGUUGAUUGUAUAAAAAUCCUCCAUUCUCAGAGCAGCCUCCCGCGCGGGGUCCCCAGAAAAGCCACAGUCGUGUUUUUCAUGAAAGGACCAAGUGAUGUGUGAUGUGUGAUUUUAGCCUUGAUUCAUCAUCCCCCUAAUGAUUGUUACUAUAUAUAUGAUAUACAUCUCAGAACUGCUAGUAUCUAUUUUUCUUAAUCUCUAACGUGCAUUAGUGUGUGUGCGUGCGCGUAUGGCCCUAGGAAUUUGUAUGGUCACUGUGGCCCCUGACCCCGGACGGGAGGCUCGAGCCGAACUAUAUCCCCCUUGAGUAUUUAAUCUAUGUUCAGUGUUCAUAGUCCAAUUGCAUUGAGUUCAUAUUUUGUGAUUUGUAGUUGCCAAUUUUGAAUAAGACGUUAAUAAAUGAAACAUGUAUUA